GAGAGUACAUUAGUUUGCAACAAAUGGAUCUUUUGCAGAUCCGGGCUGAGAUAGCUCAGGCCAAGCGAAGACGUGAUGCUGCACUUCAUCGUGCUGCAGAGCUGGAACGGGAAAUGCAGCUCACAGAGGUGUGGAAGGCGCCAGCGGAAGUGCCGUUGAUUUCAGCUGCUGGCUUGCUGCAACGAAGUGCUUUGAAGCUGCAGGACUCUGAACGCUUGCCAUGUGAGCUGUGGCCGUUUGUGUAUAGCUCGAUUGCCCGAGCUGCUGUUCCAGAGGCGGUGCUGUUUCGUUUAAGGCAACAACUGGACUCGCAGAAGCCAGACAGGUGCGCUGUGAUACCAAGUCCAGAUAAAGACUUCCAAGCUUGCUUGCUGGAGCUGUGCCGAAUUCUCGGCGCGGCACUCUGUGGGCACCAAGAUUUCGCCUUGGAGCUUGAUCAGGUCUGUGGCGUCACGCAGCAGCAGGGUGACUACAGCCCUCCUGUGGCAUAUCGAAAUCAAAAGUCAAGAGACGGAUUUUCGUGCAUCAUGGACUUGGACUUGCCAGCAUCGUUAAGCUGUGAAAACCAUGAAAGGCCAACAAAGGGCUCUUAUGGCUUUCAUGAUGGUUUGCACAACCUGCUAUGGAAGGGAGAUCGCACCACGGACAAAGAUGACUUGGUGCAACCUGGCAUCAUCCAACUGGAGCUGCGUGUAGGACAACUCUACGUGUUUCCAGAUUUUGUGCAAACGUUGACAUACCCCUUCAACGGUGAGGGGAAAAGGCGUUGGAUCAAGGCGACCGUUGCUUGGAAAAGAUGGCCUGGCUUGUCUCUAUCAUCUGCAGAGUAUCAAGAAGCAUGGGAGACUGCCACAAGGCGUGUCAUGUUCAUUUUGUUUUUCAAGCAUUCCAUGAAUCAUUUUGUUGUGGCACUUACUGGUACUAAAAAGUUUGCUAAGUUCACCAAGUUUUUCCCAUCCACACAGCAAAGAAGCAGGUAG